AUGAACGGGUCCCUCUUCCAAAUCCCCAAAUCCCACGACCACCACUCCGAGUCUGACCAUCAUACAUUACCCCCAAAAAUCUCUAUCUCCUCUCUGUCUCCCCCGACGACAGAUCCGCAAAACAACGUCCAAAAACACAAGAUGACCGCCAUUGCCCCUUCCCCACCUACCAUCCCCCUCCCUCAAACACCUCUCCUGACCCCACCUUCUGUCUCCUCUCCAAAUUCCACCCCUACCCCUUCACUCACCACUGGCCAAACCCGCCCGAAAGUCCAGUGGCCUGUCACACCUUCUUCCCCUCUCCGUCAAUCAACCCUCCCAACCCUGCCCGAGUCAAUCCAGCUCCAAGAAGGCCAAGAAGGCCCAGCGCUCGCGCUCAAAGCCCACCCCACAAGGGGUAUCCCCAGUACCCUCGCCAUCCCUUCCAACCCUCUUCCGCCACCUAUGAGCAUUGGCGGACUUGCGGGACUCGGCCCAGGCUUCAGCCUCACCCCACGACACGGUCCCCCGCCAGCCAGCUUGAUCCGUUUCCCACCAGCCCCGCCGCCUACGCUCGAAUUCCAUCCCCCCGAGGCUGAGGGGUCCAAGCCCGCUUUCGGGAGUCUUGGCGCUGCUUUCGGCGGCGCUGAUGUCGGAGGCGGAGCAGCAGGGGGAGGAGGCGGAGAAUGGUCAAUGCCAAACAGUCUCCGCGACCUCCAAUCCCUCUCCCGCAGCGUCGGCCCCUCCCUCAUCCCCCCCGUGGUCAAACCCACCAAACUCGCGCCCUCCCCCAUCUCUCCCGUAUCUCCCGGACGUCUUGAUGGGGAUGGGGUAAGAGAAAAGAGGGGGAUGAUGGAUAUAGGUGAAAGCGGGGGAUUCGAAAGACGGUUGGCCGAGAUUGAGCUGGAGCUGAAAGGGCAGAGGUCGGACCCUUCUUCUUCCGGUGAGCGAUCGCUCGCGCACCCACUCUCUGCGCGUUCGCGUCCCUUCUUGGAGAGCACAAGAGACGACGAAAGCACCAUCAAAGGCACACUACUCUCCCAAAAUGACGGUAACGAGCUCAUCGGCCGUGUCCGACGACGAAACGACAACAUGCUUGAGACUGUAAAUGGGAGCGGGAAUGUGAAUGGGGGGCAAGCGAUAGAUGAAGUUGAUGUGGAGUGGUGUUUCUUUUGUGGCGAGGAAGGGAAGAGGGAGAAGGGUGGGAUGGAGUUGAAACAAGCUGGGGAGGGGCUGGGGUGGCAGUGGGUGUGUGGGGAGUGUUCUAAACGAUCAUAA